AUGAGUAAAUCUAACUCCACUUCGGAGCCAUUGUUUCCAUCAAGCUAUCCAGAGUACGUAUACAAUUUCGCGUAUGGCGCCAACUUGCAACCUAAAGUUUUAAGUGGUCGACGAAAAAUUCAGCCGAUAGAAUCUAUUCCAGGAAUAUUGGAAGGAUGGCAGUUGAUGUUUGACUUACGUGGCAUUCCUGCAGUUGAACCAUGUUUUGGGAAUAUUAAAGAAAAUCCUGAUGCUGAAAUUCAUGGAGUCUUACAUAAGAUGACCAGUAAAGAAUUUAAACAUUUAUUGGCAACUGAAGGGGGAAGUGGAGUAGAUAAAAAUGGAUAUAUACCGAAAAAAGUCAAUGUGCAUGCAUACGAUGGUCGUAUAAUUGAAGCUUAUGUAUUAGUAGUUCAACAGACAAGUUCAGCCAUAUUUUAUCACCAUGCAUUACCAAGCAACCGUUAUAUAGGUCUUCUACGUAGUGGUGCAAUCCAUCAUAAAAUUCAUCCAUUAUAUAUAGAAUAUUUACAAUCUCUACCUUCGAUCGAACAUAAAAAACCUGUCAUGCUGCUAAUUAUUAUUGAAAUACUAAUACUAAUUAUGUUGUUUGCGCCAUUUUGGAUACCUGUAAUAAUUUAUUAUUUAUGCACGCGUCAAACGGCACAUGCUCGAGCAUUUUUUUUUACACUAAUCGUAACUAAUUUAUGGUGCAUCUAUCGUCUAUUGGGCAGAAAAAGUGCUCUUCAACCGUAUUAUUCUGCUCCGUUUCCUCGAGGAAGUACACGUUUCAAAGAGAACACAGAAACAUUCCGUGAUGAAGUUCAAACUGAUGAGCAAACUUUACCAGAUACUGUAUCAGACAUCUCAUCAGAAUCAAUUUUAUCACCAACGUCGAGCCCACUAAUCAAACAACGAAAGACUAAUCAAAGUGUGCUCGAAGAAGUCCAACAAUAG